UACCGUUAUCGCGGUGCAAGCGCUAGUCCCUACGGUACAUAUUUGAGCAUGACAAUUCACCUGUGCUGCAAAGUUUGUACAACAUACAUUUACUGUUAAGUGGAUUUUGUAUCUGUUCGUGCAAUUUGCGUUAUACUCGUAAUUUUCCCCUUAACCAUCUUCAAAUAAUCUCUUGCAAUUUUAUGAGACAGAAUUUCUGCUGCAGAUACAAACUCCUGUGCCGAUCAUGACCACCGUGAACGAUCGCGCAGUAUUAGACAGCAUUUUUAAUCCAUAUCUCCCCCUUGGUGAACAUAACCUUCCUUGGACGACAGACAGCUCCACAGAUAGCGCAACCACAUGCGCGGACUCCGAGCUCCGUGACCCCGCUGCAGUCCAGCUGGAAUUAGAUGCGGUGCAAGCUGCGGAAAUAGGGAAUCUGGAGGACGCUAUUCGCAUACUCACCGAAUAUGUUCGAUUGUACCCAACCAGCGCUUCGGGAUACAACAACCGAGCUCAGGCGUAUCGCCUAAACGGCGACCUUCAGGAGGCGGAAAAUGACUUAAAUACUGCGAUUAAUUUGUGCCAAGAUUGUGGCCCAGUCGGUAAACAAGCCUUUGCGCAACGUGCAAUCGUGCGAGAAUUGAAAGGAGACAAAGAAGGCGCUAAAAGCGAUUUCAGUGCAGCGGCAGCACUGGGAAAUACAUUCGCCAAACAGCAUCACCAGUCCAGUGAAAAGUCCGAGAAAAACGACUGUUAA